AUGUUCUCGAAUUCGACUGGCACUUCAGUCGCGGUCGGGCAGGGAACAGGCGUGGAUGCGGGUGGCACUCAGAACAUAUUUUUGGGCUUCAAUGCCGCCAAAAGUAACACUGGGAGCUCAAACCUGAUCGCUGGAUACGCGGCAAACAGCGAGUCGACGGGUUCGACCACGGGAGCGGUCAUCCUCGGGGCCAACGCCGGGUUGGUCGCCAGCAAUUCGGCGGACAACGUGCUGAUCGGCAACUCGGCGGGGCUGCAUACGGCGACCGCGAGCCAGGUGGUCGCCAUCGGGGCACGUGCCUUUUCCGAGAACACGAGCGGCUGGUACAACUGCGUGGUCGGAGCAGACAGUUUCGCGAACACGGGCUCUUCGGCGAAGAAUGUCGCGCUGGGUGCGUUCAGCGGGUAUCAGGUGAACACAAACAACUCGUGCAUCAUGGGCUACCAGGCGGCGUAUGGUAAGGACGCCAGGCUGUCCGAGGGUCUCGUCGUGAUCGGCUCUCAGGCGAUGUACAACAUCUCAUCCGUGGUGAAUGGUCUCAGCAUAGGUCAGUUCAGCGGGUUCAACCUGACUAACGCGGAAGAUUUCUUGGCGAUCGGCAGUAGAUCUGCAUAUGCGGUGACGUCUCAGAACUCCGUAUUGGCGGUGGGACACGGCAGCGCUCAGAACGCUCAGUUGACGGAUGAGGUGACCCUGCUGGGCCACGCUUCCGGGAAGAACCUGGCGGGCGGCGGCGUGCUGGCGCUCGGCAAUCGGGCCGCUGCCACCGUCCGGGGCAGCGACGUGACCGCGGUCGGAAUCGACGCCCUGAACGGCGUGCUGCCCCGUGCGGUCACGUCGACGGUGGCCGUAGGCAAGCAGAGCGGCUACGGCGCCACCGCGGCGGACUGCAUCUACCUGGGCAAUGCGGCGGGCAAGGGGGCGAACGGAACGGGCUCCAUCUUCAUAGGGCAUCAGAGCGGGGCCGGAGAGACGUCAUCGUUUCGCUUCGUGCUCGGGGCUACCAGCACCAGGGCGCCGCUGCUGACGGGCAAUCUAGACACGAACACCUGUCCUUACCUGACGGUGAAUGGAGCGUUGCGCAUCCAGCAGUCCAGCCCGGGCAGCCCGACCGCCGUGGACGAUGGCAUCGUCUUCAACAAGGACUCGACGUCGUGGCAGGUGUAUGUGGACGAGUCGGAUGGGCUCUCGGUGCGCAAGAACGGCUCCCCGGUGGUAUACUUCGACAGCCAGACUGAUCUGGCGGCCAACCUGGACUUCACGGGCCAGCAUAGGACGGCCGUCGCUCCGAGCUUCAGGGACUCGGUGCAGGCGGGGACGACGCCGCAGGGAGUCCCUCUCGAGGGCUGCGUGGUGUGCAGCACGGGGCGGAUCAGUUCGGUCCCGGACAAGACGGGCGUGGUGAGGACCGGUGCGGACGGCAUCCGAGUCUCUUGCGCGCUUCCGGUCGUGGAGCUGAGCACGGAGAGGAAGGACAAGCGCUGUUUCGGAGUGUUUGCGGGCUGCGAGGACAUGCUGCUGGCGGGAGCUCGCGGCGUGAAGUCCAGGGUCUAUAGGGCCGGCGGGAUGAACGUGGUGGUCGCGAAGGCCUCGAACGACGACCGCGUGGUGAUCAACAGUCUGGGAGAGGGUGCCUGCUGGGUCGUGGGGGCCCCGGGCAUGCGCGUCGAGAACGGGGACUACGUGUGCACGAGCGACGUCCCCGGCUUGGUGGAGGCGCAGGAGGACGACGUCAGGCACUCGUACACGGUCGCCAAGCUCACCAUGAGCUGCGACUUCGAUGAAGACACUUUGGAUCACGCCUCCGUCGCUUUCGUUUUUGAAGGCCUGCCACGCGUCGCCUGCUUAUUGGCUUGCUCGUAUGCAUUUUGA